CCCUGGCGAUUCGUCCCGUGGACGACUGCUGGCUGCAAUCUUGGCCAACGCCGUCCUGGUUGGCAGGAGUCCCGACGGCACAUGUCUGCUCUCAAACUCGAACGACAAUGUGAUGCGGCUCUUCAACAGCUCCCAGACCUGGUUGGAUGACCAAGAUCACAGCGCAGAUCCUCCUAUUCUGCCGGUGCUAUCCGUCAGGGAAGCCGAGUGUAUAUACGACUGCUGCUGGUACCCGAUGAUGCAGUCCACAGAUCCCUCGACCUGCUGCUUUCUGUCAAGCUCAAAAGACCACCCAGUACGCCUGUGGGAUGCUUACACUGGCGAGCUGCGGGCCACCUAUUGCCUGUACGACCACCUAGACCAAAUUACUGCACCAGUGUCGGUAGCGUUCAGUCCGGAUGGCACCAAGAUAUACUGUGGGCUCGACAGCCUGAUCGAGAUUUUCGACAUACACUGCCCUGGCCGUGACUCUGUCAAGCGACCGACGACAAAGCCGAGGCGGUCAAGGGAAGGUCAAAAAGGAAUCCUCUCAUGCAUUUCGUUCUGCCCCGAUAUGAGCAAUCUCUACGCUGCGGGAUCGUUCUCGGGGUCGAUUGGGUUCUACGACGGGAACGACAACGACCGCCCGCUGCUGCUGUUGAAGGACAGUUCCCACGGCAUCACCCAGGUGUCAUUUUCACCGGAUGGCAACUACUUGUACUCGGCCUCGAGGUCGUCGACAAGCAUUCUCUGCUGGGACAUCCGGAACACAGAAAAGGUCCUCUAUCGCAUCAGCCGGAACGCACAAACAAGUCAGCGGAUCGGAUUCUCGAUCGACCCAGGUAGCAGUCACCUGUCAACAGGAGACAAGGAAGGGCGCAUUCUGACCUACAAACUCGGUGAAGCCGAACCAAUAUUGGUCGGCAGCGAUAAAGUGCAUUCAGACACGGUCUCUGCUGCUGCCCAUCAUCCCUACCUCCCGCUCCUGGCCAGCAGCACCGGACACCGUCACUAUCGCAUCCAGUCCGAAGUCGAUCCAGAACACGUACCGCCGCCCGCAGCCAACUAUGUCGACAUCUGGCGGACACCUGGUACAAUGCCGAGCUAUCCAACAGAACACGGGCAGUGGGACGACAGCCAUAAUGGUGCAAACCAGUAUGAAAGCGACCCAUCCCACACAGCGGCCGAUAUCGACAUGGACUCUGUCGUUUGUGAUGCCAGCUAAGCGCAGUAGCGAUCUGCCUUGGCUAUCCAUGAGACGGUCGAUC